AUGUUUUGGGUGAAUCCCACAUUACCAUCCUCCACACCUGGGGAGUUCUUGAAACCGGAAGCGGCAGAUGUGCACCACGGCCGGAUCCUGGAUCCUCAUGGACAUUUGCACAUGGGCUCUGCUUUGGGCAUGUUCAUGAUCGCCUUGUUAUUGCAGUGGACCACACAACCACAACAGCGGAAGGAUGCCGUAGCGAGUGCCAUGCGGAAGGCCCGAAAGCCCCGGUUCCUUAAUCAGGCGGCCGCGCGCGCGGACGUGGAUGCUGAGGGCAGUGACUCGGAGGACGAGGCGACCUCCAGCUCCGAUAGCCAUGGGACACCUUGUGUCAUGAAGCUGGGGCCGGGCAUGCGCUUUCUCGACGAGGACCUCGAGGAGGAAUGGGAGAAGGAAAGUUAUCCCAAGAACCAGCAGCGUGGCGCUGUGUUGUUAGCGCUGGUGGCCUUUGGUUUAGCCGUGGAUCGCUUCUAUGCCUUCUACGAACUGCAGAGCUGUAAAGGCGAUCAGUGGUGGAUGCAGAAGAGUUUGCAGAUUGGAUGCAUCCUGGUCAUGGUAAAGGUCUUCGCCUUUCUCCUCAUGGUCCCCGCGGACACGGGAACGCGUGGUGAGGCCGCCAGCUUUUUCCUGCCCAGCAAGUUCUGGGACUCGACGUAUUGGAUCAUCCUAGGCUUCUUCGGCUGCUUCUUCAUUGUGGUGAACCUCUGGCCCAUCAGCCCUUCCUGCGACAUCCUCUCGGUGAUGGCACGAGUCUGCAGCUACAAAUCCGUGUGGAUCGCCAACGAAAAGCUGGACUGUACCUUGCAAGGUCACACGGCGUGUCAGAUGAUCCAACUCUGGAUGCUCAUCAUGCCUUACGCCCUGCCGCAGUUCCGCUGUUUUCACCUGACCUUCCUCUGGUUGGGCUUUUUUUACGUGGGCGUCAGCUGGCUCUACGCGGAGAUCUCCGGGGAGAAGACGCACAUGGUGGAUCUGGGGCUUCACUUUUCCAUGCUGGUAGUGACGGCCAUUCUGGGGACCAUGAAGAAAUACUACCUGGAAAAGGGCAUGCGUCGGCAGUUUCUGGAAGAUAAUCUGCAGCGGAAGGCCUUGGAGCAUCUCUAUGUGGUCUUCGAUGGCAUGGUACCGAAGUACGUGAUUCCUCGCAUGCUGAUGCAGAAACCCAUCUGCGACUACCGACCAAGGGUCAGCAUUCUUUUUGUGCUCAUUCACGACUUCCACGUCAGUGACGCCAACGCUGCGUUGACCUUCCUCAACACGUACUUUGGAAAGAUGGACGACAUCUGUGCUGCUCAUAAGGUCACGAAGAUCGAGACGGUGGCGGAGGAAUACGUCUGCUCCGUGGGCGUGGUGCCCGAGGACCUGCCGGGCGAUACCUCGGCGAUUACGGCGGAGCGGCAGCACCAGGAGCUGCUGGAGCGCCUCUUUGGCGCGGCGUACGAAAUUCAGCAGCUGCAGAACGAGGCGCAGAAGAAGUUCAAGAUGGGCAUCCACACCGGGGAGAUCCACGCGGGCGUCAUCGGACAGAAGUUGCCGCGCUUUCGUCUCUUCGGGGAUACCAUCAACACCUCUGCCAGGAUGAUGCAAAAGGCGUCCCCGGGGCAGCUGCUCUUUGGCGAAGCGACGAAUCGACUUCUGCCCAGCUCCUUGAAGGUCAAGGAGGCAGAUGGCAUCAUUGUGAAGAUGAAGGGUAAAGGGGAUGUGAAGGCGUUCGUUCUACUACGAUGA